AUGCCACAACAGUACGGUGUUGCACUCCAGCUCAAUAUGGAGGGUUAUGUUACACACGAGAUUGAAGAAGCAUAUCGUCUAAGCGCUGUGCACAGCACUGCUAGCGCUACACCCGCAACGCCGGUACCUGUACCAGUGGUGGAGGCACAACGAACCGCAGGAACUUCUAAUGCGCAGAACAGAAGAGAGGGAAAGGACGUCAAGAGAUCCAAUGGCCAACUAAGUACCAGGAUCGUGGUUGAUCCUCCAAAUCUUGAGGAAUGGAGAGAUAAGUUCUUCAACGUUGAUGAAGCAAUCAUCCUUACGCAUGAAGAGUUUGAGACAUAUUUUCCUCAUGUAGACAACGUCUAUUCUCACCGCUCGACACAGCGCUACAAACAUAAACCUUUCAUCUCGCACUACUGGGACUGCCGUAUGAAAGGCCGCCCCCCGGGAACACCAAAGUCCGACGACCCAAACAAGAAGAAGCGUAAGCGUACCGCUCGUCAGCGUGAUCUGUGUGAUGUGAAGAUCAAGAUCACAGAGCAUUUGCCCGGCGCAUAUUCAGAACUCGGCGAUAUCAGCCUCCCUGGUGUUGAUCUGGCGGGUCAACGUCUGUGGACGAUACAAAGAGUUAAUGGAAACGGAGGCAAUGGUAAGGGCGACGGCGUGGCUGGACCACACAAGCAUACGUUGCAGAUGAGUGACGAGAUCAAAAAGAGCAGUGUACAACGGUAUUUGGCGAAGCAGGGCGAUAGUGUGAGCAAGGCAAAGGAGAAGGUCAAGGGGCAGCCCGAUAUAAAGGCUACAGGGGCUGCACUUGCCACUAUCCGAAAGCACGCAAAGGACAGCAAUUUCAAAUUCUAUGCCGCAUGUUUUUGUCCAUUCUCACAACGCACCUGGAUCGCUCUAGAAGCAAAAGGCAUGUCAUACCAAUAUUGCGAAACGUACCCUUUUCGCAUUCCUGAAGAACCCAUCUUGGCCAACACCCGCGCCUGUGUACCGAUGAUAAAACACAACGACUGGACAUGCUCAGAUAGCACAGUGAUGCUGGAGUAUCUUGAAGAUAUGGGUCAGGGACCGCCGCUUCUUCCUUCAGAUCCUAAAUUAAAGGCUAAAUGCCGCUUAUGGAUAGGCUAUAUAAAUCGUCACAUUGUCCCAAAUUUCCACAAAUUAGUUCGGAAUCACGACCCGAGUUUUGGGAAUGGAGCUGCGGAUCGUUUACAAGCCAGUAUAGAUACUCUAGCUGGAGCUGCUGACGAAAAGGGACCUUUUUUUCUCGGCCAGGACCUCUCCCUCGUCGACAUACACCUGGCGCCGUUUGCUCUUCGUCUCUCAAGAGUUCUCGUCUCUACAUGUGGGUGGUGUCUACCACCGUCUGGAUCGCGUUGGGCGAGGUGGCUGGGUGCCAUUGAAGGUGACAGGAGUGUGCGAGCUACUACUAGUAACCAGGCUCUAUAUCAUGAGACGGUUGACGUAUUGAUGAGACGUGAAGUAAUGAGCUAG